UGGCUUCCUUGUUCAAGACACGUUCGAGACCAUAAAAUACCUCCACAACCAUGACUGCGGUUGACGCGGCAAUCCAAUGCCCCUCGUGCUUGGCACACUUCCCAUCCAACGACGACGCGCUCCCCGUCCACUUGUCGGCAUGUGCCCCAACAGACUCAGUUGAUGCGGAGUAUAAGCAUUGCUUGAUCUGCUUCAAAGCUUUCGGCCCUGUCGUCCCAGCCAACGAGAUUCUGUUUCACAAGGACGAAUGCGAACGAGUCAAUGGCCCGCCACCGAAGCGUACAGGUGCGCAGAAGCGCCGCCGCGGCAGCGAUGCAGACAAGACACCAUCGUCUGUGCCGUUCUCGCACGUUCUACCCUCGCCGUCGAGGGGGGUUCAAACUACAGUUCAAUCCGAGGCACCACUCGAUUACUCGACAGAGGACUCGACUACGACGCUUUGCUUUUUGUGUGGGCAAGGUGGACGACAGCUUGUCAUAUGCACAGCCACCUGCGCAAGAGCGUUCCAUGUUUGGUGCAUUGGUGAAAACGCAGUAUUGACCCAGCGACAAGGCCAGAACUCUCGUCGAGUUUGGCAAUGUGGGGAAUGCAGUCGCAGCGUCCACACUUGCUCUACGUGUGGGUUAUUGGGCGACGAUGGCUUUGACAUAUACCUAUGCUCGAUAGCCGGAUGUGGAUUGUACUGCCAUGAUCGGUGCAUGGCUGACGGGCCCAUCGACGCCGCCGUUGCAGCUACCUUUGUCUGCGGUCGGCAUACUUGCCGUGAGUGCAACUUACCCAGCGCGACACCGUCAGCUCCAUCCGAUUGCAUCAAGUGCUACAAGUGCGCCACGAUGGUGCACAAGGCGUGUCAGUCGAAAGCGUCCUUCCAACCCUUGUUUACCAACAUCACGGGAAGAUUUGGCGACUGCGGCGUGCACCCCGCCGCUCCAGUUCCUGCGCAUUUCAAGGCCAAGGUGUCAACUCAUGACAUCGUGGUAGUCCUCGAGUUUGCCAACAACGUGCUGCCCAUGACAGCUCGGCUCUACAACGGAAACCAGUGGGGCCGAGUGGCCCGCGUCGAGUCCCUGGACGGAGGCGCCCAGUUGCUCAGUGUGGUGUUGUUCGCGUGUGGCACAACGAUUUCGGUGCCUGGGCACUGUGUCUUGCGCACCGGCGGCCAUUACUCUCUCACCGCCGCGUGCUUGGGCGAAUGCAUGACGAGCCACGUUCAAAGUGAAUGGAACAUUCGACAACGGUUGGCGAACGGGCAGCCAUUGACUGAUCGCCAGAAAGCGGACGCAAGGAUGGACACAUGUCUGACUUUCCAGCACUUUGGCAAGCUGCUCAAGAUGACGUCGACGCAACUGAUCGAGCUUACGGAGCAUGCCAACAAGACGGGUGCAGUGGCCCUUCAGCCGUUCACUUGCCUCGAUACACGCCGUCGACGGACCAUGUUGGCCGCGCAGGCCCACGUGCCGAGCAAGACGUGUGCGAUCUCGAUCCUCUGAGUUCAGACAAUUCAACGGAACCCACUUGCUAAAUCACUCGCAAUUCCAUCCCAGAGUUAUGGUCGACCU